ACCCCACUGCCCCCCUGGCUCCGCCCCUGAUCAUAACCAAACAAAAAAUUCUUCUCCAACUGUCGAUCGCCGGUGAAUCCUUCAAAUGGCCGGAAAGAGUAAAAUUCUGAUCAUCGGAGCAACUGGAUAUAUCGGAAAAUUCAUCGUCGGAGCCGCCGCCGCCGCUGGCCACCCCACUUUCGUCUUAGUCAGAGAGUCCACUCUCUCUAACCCGGAAAAAUCCAACCUAAUCCAAAGCUUCAGAGAUUUCGGGGUCAAUUUCAUACCUGGAGAUAUGUAUGAUCACGAGAGUUUGUUGCGAGCAAUCAAACAAGUUGAUGUGGUGAUAUCAGCCGUUGGAUACGCUCAGUUGAAUGAUCAGGAUAGGAUUUUAGCUGCUAUUAAGGAGACUGGCAAUAUUAAGAGGUUCUUUCCUUCAGAGUUUGGAAAUGAUGUUGACCGCGUCCAUUCUGUUGAACCGGUAACAUCAGUGUUCCAACACAAAGCUCAGUUUCGUCGUGUUGUGGAGGCUGCAGGGGUCCCUUACACCUAUGUCUCGUGCAACUUCUUUGCUGGUGUGUUCAUUAGAUCACUGGCUCAAUUAGGUGCCACUUCUCCUCCAAGAGACAAAGUUGUUAUCCUAGGAGAUGGCAACACGAAAGCUGUUUAUAAUAAGGAAGAAGACGUAGCCACUUACACCAUCAAAGUUGUGGAUGAUCCAAGAACAUCAAAUAAGACCCUCUACAUUAGACCACCUGCAAACACUAUCUCCAUGAAUGACCUAACAACAUUGUGGGAGAAUAAGAUCGGCAAGAAACUCGAACGGAUCUACGUUCCAGAGGAGCAAGUUCUUAAAGACAUUGAAGAAGCUUCAUCCCCUUUAAAUGUCAGAUUAGGCAUAUGCCACUCUGUUUUCGUUAAGGGAGAUCACACCAACUUCGAGAUCGAGCCGUCGUUCGGAGUCGAGGCAUCAGAGCUAUAUCCAGAUGUUAAGUAUGCUAGAGUUGAUGAGAUGCUUGACCAAUAUGUUUGAAAUAACUUCAUGAAUUUGAGUAUUAUGAUGAAUUUUAUCACAUAUACGUUCGCACAA